CACCGGUCGGCCAGCGUUCAGUUGAGCGCUACUUUCGAAACGCGACGGUCGCAAACGGAGCAACAGCACGGGUGGUACCACAGUCCGCGAGACCGACGUCCGGAAUCACGUCGGCGUCCAUCCAGGGAAACAGAGAUCGGGUCCAGUUGCUGAGUUUGGAGUGCUAGUUUAGUGCUACCGCUUGGUGGACAGGUCGUACGGGUUUUGUGCGUGUGCAUUUGUGUACCGGUGCGUGUGGGGCAGGGGCAUUGGAGGUGUUUGUGCAUGAUUGUGCCCGAGGAUAGUGUGUGCCGUGGAGCAGCGCAUCAACGCAGUGGUUGCAAAUUUCCACACCAAACCAGCGAGCCUGUGCUUUUACAUGUUAAAGUAUAACGGAUAAACUGUACCAACUGCUGCCAUAGACCGUUGUAGUGCGAUAUUGAGGAGCAAACAUUGUGAACGAAAAAGUAACCGAACGAAACAGGACGUCCGCAAACGAAGCGGCCCUUGCAACAACAAAACAAACCACGCAGCAACAAACUGCGAGCACGAAAAACUCUGCGACACGAAACAGCGAACGAAAAAACGAUGGGCAACCGAAUGCGAUCCUUGGUCGCGACGUUCGUGCUACUAUUCACAGUACUCGAGAAUGUCCACUGUGAUGCACCGUUGGUCGAUUCGGCAGCGCUGCCGCUGGAACACAGAGCCGUCUACGGUCCGCCUGCACCCUCACCAGUAUACGGUACGCCUGGUUUGCUGAGUGGCGGCGGAGGUAGCGGCGGCCUGAUCGGGGGCGGCGGCGGUGGCGGCGGCGGAGACGACCCGUGGCCACUGUCCGCCUCGAACGACAGCCCGCAGAUCAAGCAUCUGCAGGUGCAGUGCGAAAAGACGCACAUGCGCGUCAACAUCGAGUUCGACCGGCCGUUCUACGGCAUGAUCUUCUCCAAGGGUUUCUACAGCGAUCCGCACUGCGUGCAUCUGAAGCCGGGCACCGGCCACCUGAGCGCCACUUUCGAGAUCUUCCUGAACAGCUGCGGUAUGUCCAGCUCGGCCAACCACAACGCGGCAAGCUUCGGCGGUCCGACGCCGUCCGGUAGCUACGUCGAGAACACGAUCAUCAUCCAGUACGAUCCGUACGUGCAGGAGGUUUGGGAUCAGGCCCGCAAACUCCGCUGCACGUGGUACGACUUCUACGAGAAGGCGGUCACCUUCCGGCCGUUCCAGGUCGAUAUGCUGCACGCCGUCACGGCCAACUUCCUGGGCGACAACCUCCAGUGCUGGAUGCAGAUCCAGGUCGGCAAGGGCCCGUGGGCGUCCGAGGUGUCGGGCAUCGUGAAGAUCGGCCAAACGAUGACGAUGGUGCUGGCGAUCAAGGACGACGAGAACAAGUUCGACAUGCUGGUGCGCAACUGCGUGGCCCACGACGGCAAGCGCGCCCCGAUCCAGCUGGUCGACCAGCAUGGCUGUGUGGUGCGGCCGAAGAUUAUGAGCAAGUUCCAGAAGAUCAAGAACUUUGGCCCGUCCGCGUCGGUCGUUUCGUUCGCCUACUUCCAGGCGUUCAAGUUCCCCGACUCGAUGAACGUGCACUUCCAGUGCGUGAUCCAGGUGUGCCGGUACAACUGCCCCGAGCCGAAGUGUGCCGGCGGCGACUACGGACUGCCAGCGCUGACCGGUAACGGCAUCUCGGGCGAGUAUGGUGCACCGGGACCGCUGAGCGGCGAGUACGGACCACCGCACCUGUCCGAGUACGGUGUACCGCCAGCGGCCUACCCGGACCCACGCCACCCGUCCGACGCGUCCGGCGCGUACUCGGAGAACCAGGACAGUGUGGUGCCGGCCCCGCAAGCCCAAACGUCCGCCAACUCGGCCGAGAACAAAUCGGACGGUCCAGUGAACGCUAACGAUCGCAUCGAAUCGCAGCCACAGUCAGCGAACCCGUCGUCCAACGACAUCCACGACCACAUCAACAUGCCGCCACCGCCGCCACCAGGCCAGACGUCGUACGUCACCGUGACCAAGCAGCAGAAGAAGGACGACGGACUGUCGGGCGAGAACAGCGGCAAUCUGGUGAGCCUGGGCGGACGGCCCCGCUCGGUGGAGGGACUGGACGAUCUGCGCGGUGUGCGCCGACGACGGGACACGAUGUCGGUGGUGAUCCGGCCGCGCAUCUACAAGCGCGACGCCCAGGAGAUGACGGACGUCAACACCGAGCGCAUCAUCCAGGUGGUGGCACCGGGAGACGUCAACUUUGCGCUUAACAACGCGUCCGGCAACGAGACGGUCGUGAUCCAGUCGCAGCGAACCGUCGACCCGGAAACGAUCUGCAUGUCGGUGCCGAGCUUCGUCGGCGGACUGGUGAUGCUGCUGCUCGUGCUCGCCGUGGCGUCCCUGGUAGCGGCCUUCCUGUUCGUGCGCGUGCGACACUUCGACCGGAAAGGCAAUCCUUUCUCCGGACACUAAGCGACGAACCCCGUCGGUGGGUCGGUCCUCGUGUCCCGAGCGACCCUUGACCCCGCAUGAAGCUCGGGAAAGUUUCUCCCUCCGUUCUGCACCUUCGCCGGAGCAUCUUCAUCCUUCAUCUGAAAACAUCUUUCGGCACCGGGCUCACUCUGCAGCUUGAACACUCCUGUUACCUGAGCAUCAUCUCAUCCUAGAGAGCGGUUGCUCGUUCGCGCGUCACGAAGGGCAGGGAAAGGAAAGGAAGCUUCAGGGGAGGUCGAUACUGGAGAUCGAAAGACAAGGACGAGGGACCGUUGUGAAAUCGUACGAAAUGCAAUCUACUACCACUUGUCGCAGCAAUCGCACCGCAACCGGGUGACGAUCGUGGCUGCUCCAACAGUUCGCGAAGAUGCGCUAAAAUCCAUCCACCCUCCCUCCUUCCGACAACCGUGUAGCCUAGCAACCAUCUAACAACCUCAUUUCAUCGUCCCCUUUUCCGGUGCGUGCCCGCGCCACCAUUAACACGAUUGCCUCUUAAUUUAUUACGAUUAUUAUUAUUAUAUUAUUAUUAUUAUCGAAUCGGUUAAUAUGAUCGCGAACGAGUUCCCUCUAUCAUGCCCCUCUCCCUCAGGCAGUCCUUCCAAGCUGCUUCUCUUGCGCUUAGUGUACGAUACCAAACGAUUGUGUAUUACCAACAUACCACCAACAUUUAAUUUAUUUGCUCCACCACCCCGUUCCAAACUCGCAACUCGAUACUAUCAUCCUGUACAUCUUCACCCCAACCGAUCCAAACCGAUCAUUCCCUUCCCUCAUCUCCAGCGCUACCUGUUCGGAGGUUUUUGCUUGCGCGCUGUGUGUGACAGUGAGUUCUGCCGCAAGGGCAAGGGCAUUAGCGAAGAGAAAUCUUUUGCUCAUCUCACAGUGACACAAAAUUUGGACAGAUGAACAGAACAUGAGAACAGAACAUCCCUAGGAAGAAGAGUUUGGGCCAACUUUUCCCUUUCUCUCUCUCGUUCUUCGACGAUGUGCUGGAUAGUUUGUAAAGGCACUUAUUAUAGUAAUUAUCACCAUCACCCAUCAGCUUAUUCAUUGGGGAGAAUGUCGUCUCCAUUUGGUCGUCCUCUCAGCCUUCUCGCGGCGAUAGAGGACAUCCUCACGGACACGGACAUUCGAUCUUAUGAAGGACGUGUAUCUUUGCUUCAAAAGAGUAUUUAUUUAAUCUCCCUAAUUUUCUGUCUAUUUUUCUUAGUCACCACGUUCCAUUUUUUCGUUGGUCUGUUUUCACCCACACAACCACACACACACACCUCCUCAAACACAAGCAAACUACGGGGUGUAAUACUGCGUGAGCGACGCUUUUCUGUUUUCCAUCGCUGUUUUUCACGCACGCACAAAAACGGUUCAUUAUGUUAUGUUAUUUGGAUAUUUUGUGUUUUGGCUUUUGCUUGGUGCACCUUUUUCCUGUACCAUUCUUAACUGUUUCCCCUCCUCUUCAUCAUUUUACCCGUACAUAUAUUAAUAUAUAUAUAUGGAAAGAGAGCAGGUGGUUUAGAGUGUGUUUAGCUUUUAAAAGUUGACCGUUUGCUGGAUGUCGCCCCUAGUCUUAACGGAGACGUUCGGUGCACCGGUUCAAGUGUUUAAAGACGCGACAUGACUUGAAGCUUCCGCUUGGCGCUAUACCGUGCGCAAACGCAAACAAGAAACGGAUGCCGCAAAGCAAGGCGGCACGCCGCAGCAACGACAAACUGCAGCACGAACGUUUGAUACGUAGAAUUGAAAUAGGGUUAGGAUGUAAGCAUUCCUGUUGGAGUGAAAAGGAGUACGAAAAAUGGAUCGACCGCCCGUUUGCGGAGUCACUAUAUUCACUCCCCCUCUCUCCGGUCCAGUACUGUACGAAUAGUUUUUGGUGAUUGUGCUUGAUAACAGUAUUUUUUGUGUUUUUUUUUUGUUUUGCUCCCCAUGCAAAGGGGCCGUAAAAGAUAAGGUGUAAAAGCGCAAAGGUGUGGUGUGUGGUGCGAGCCCAGGAAGCGUAUAAAAAGGCCACGAACGCGGGGCGAGAAAAGUUUUGCGCAAAGGAGAUGAAAAAAAAACAGACAAAAGCAAAAAAGUUAGAAAAUUUGCAAUAGGACGAUGCACGAACUGCAGUAAUGGUUAGGGUUGAAUUGUGUUCUGGAUUGUUUUCUUUUUAGGAAUGUGUAUCAUUUUUGUUUUGGUUUCUUGUUCAAUUUCCAUUUCUCGCUCGCCAAAACUCUAGUGGAAACAGGCAGUUAACAGGGUGUGUUGUUGUGUGUAUUGUAAACUCGUGAAAUCCGUUGAUCGAGCAGCGCGUAGUUGCGGGUACUACUUCCUUGCAAAUAUCAGCGACGUGGAUAUUAUUGUAAAUAUUUAUUGAACAGAAAGAUAGUUGAAGAAAAUAAAGUGAUUAGUAAUGAAA